AAUCUCUAUAAUCUUUUAUACUCUACGCGGUUCCAAGAAACCCCGAAAAAUUCUCGAAGCAAAAAAGAAGAAAAAAAAGCUAAAAAUUUCCAAAUAAAUUAUUUAAUUUUGCGGUUUCGGAUUCUGGGUAAUCAUCAUAAUCAUCAUCACCACCAUCUUCUUUGUGAUUUCAUAUUAUUUUUUCUUAUAUUUUCUCGCUGUCUCUGCUUUUCUCAGGGAGGUUUUAUAUAGCCAUUGGAGAGGAUCUUUUGUCUUUUUGAAGUUAAUUUUUCUCAUUUUGAAGCUGGAAAAAAGUUGAAUUAUAUAGUUUGAGAUUGGAAGAGAAAAGGGUAUUUUUCUGUUUUUCAUUUCAUUGAAAUUUGAAGGAGAAGUUAGGGAUUUGGAUUGGAGUUUUUAGGGUUUUCUAGCUGUGGGUUUUUUGUCUUUUAUUGAGGAUUAAUUUGGGGUUUUUGAGACUUUUGGGGCCUAUGUGUUGCUUUUUCAUCCAUUGAUGUCCUUUGACUGAAAUUUGAAGAAUUGGGAAUUUUCUCCAUGAAUUAGGGUUUUGGUUGUAUAUGAUAUAAGGAUCUUCAAUGGUCUCUGUUCUUUCAAUUGUGAUCGAUGUUUCAAGUGAAUAAUUGCAGUUGAUUGGUUUGUGAUUGCCAGAAAACCGAGUUUAGGGUGUUUGAGAUAUACAUAUAGGAGUGAAGAUUUCAGUCUUCAACUGUUGGUGAGUUCAGUUUACGAGUGAUUUACUGCAUUUGGUUGGUACGUGGUUGCUGGAAAACUGAGUUUAGGGCGUUUGAGAUAUACAUAUAGGAGUGAGGAUUUUAGUCUCGAAACAUCGGUCAGUUCAGUUUUCAAGUGAAUUAUUGCAGUUGGUUGGUAAGUGAUUGCUGGAAAACCGAGUUUAGGGCAUUUGAGAUUAACGCAUAGGAGUUAAGAUUUUAGUCUUGAAACGUCGGUGAGUUCGGUUUACGAGUGAGUUUUUUGCAGUUGGUUGGUAUGUGAUUGCUGGAAAACCAAGUUUAUGGUGUUUGAGAUUUAUGUAUGGGAGUGAAGAUUUUAGUCUUGAACAGUUGGUGAGCUUGGUUUACAAGUGAGUUUUUUUCAGUUGGUUUUUAUGUGAUUGUUGGGAACUGGCUUUUGGGGUGUUUGAGAUUACGUAUAGGAGAAAUUUUCGUUAUGGAUGAUGCUCAGAGCAGUUCAAGUUCACUCCCUCCAUUCCUUACAAAGACGUACGAAAUGGUCGAUGAUCAUUCUACAGAUUCUAUUGUUUCUUGGAGUGCAAGUAACAGAAGUUUCAUUGUAUGGAAUCCGUUGGAAUUCGCGAGGGAUUUACUUCCAAGAUUCUUCAAACACAACAACUUUUCUAGCUUUAUAAGACAGCUUAAUACAUAUGGUUUCCGGAAAAGCGAUCCCGAACAAUGGGAAUUUGCGAACGAGGAUUUCAUAAGAGGUCAACCUCAUCUUUUGAAGAACAUACAUAGACGGAAACCGGUUCAUAGUCAUUCAAUGCAGAAUCUAUUAGGUCAAGGAGCUUCUCCGUUAACGGAAUCAGAGAGACAGAGUUUUCGGGAUGAGGUCGAGAGGCUUAAAAGCGAAAAAAUGUCACUCGUUCUAGAGUUAAAGAGACACGAAGAGGAACGACAAGGAUUCGAGAUGCAAAUGCAGAUUUUGAGGGAGCGUUUACAAACUAUGGAGCGGCGGCAACAAAGUAUGGUGUCUAAUGUAGCUCGAGCCUUGAAGAGACCGGGAUUUCCUAUAGAUCCAACUCCACAAUUCGAGGUUCAUGUUAGAAAAAGAAGGUUACCGAGAAUUGCUUACUUAUACGAUGAAUCCAGGAUCGAAGAUAAUCCAAAUCCAGAUACCACAUCAAUGUCCAACAUGGAUCCAUUCGAGCAAUUAGAAUCAUCCAUGGUGUUUUGGGAGAACGCCAUACACGAUUUUGGUCGAGCCAACGUGUUUGAUGAAUCAACGAGUUGUCCUGAAAGUCCAUCUAUAUCUUCCAUACAACUCAACAUUGAAACUCAACCUAAAUCCCCUCAGAUCGACAUGAAUUCCGAGCCAUCCACCGUAGUUACCCCAGAGCCCGUUACAUCAAUGGAACAACCUGCUCCUUCACCAGCUGGGGUUAAUGAUGGAUUCUGGGAACAAUUUUUGACCGAAAAUCCAGGUUCAACAGAUAUUCGAGAAGUUCUGCCCGAAAGAAAAGAUCCCGAUACAAGAAAAGACGAAGACAAACCCGAGGGUCAUAGCAGAUUUUGGUGGAACAACAUGAAGAAUGUAAAUAACCUUACAGAACAAAUGGGGCAUCUUACUUCUGCAGAGAGAACUUGAUAUUGGUUUCGAUGUCUUGAUAUUUCAGGUUCGGGUACGAUGAUCGGAUACGGGUAUGGGUUCUUUCACGUAUUUGAGUACUUAAAAGAAAAAUGAAAAAUUGAAACGACCCGAAUUUCAGAUGUAUCAUAUUUAGGUUUCUAGGCAUGUCAUGGUCACAGUUUUAGGUACUAUAGAAGCUUAUAGUGAUUCAUAUGGCUUUAUUUUUCAUAUAUAUAUAUAUAUUAACUGCUUCAAUAUAGUUCAGUUUCACAUAUUUUUGAGAAAAUAAGACAUUAACUUUUGCUUUCA